AGGCACCACUGGCCCACCCUCAUCGUGACCUUCGCUGGACCAUGUUCGCUCUCCGACAUGCCUUUAGCCGCAUGGCCGUCGCGCCGACAGCCUCGGUCGCGCGUUUCUCUUCGUACGGGCCUGCUGGCACUGCCGCUCUGAUCGAGCCUGUGCGCCUCAACAACUUGGCCGACAACCCGGGUGCUGCUCGCAAGGGAAAGCGCCUCGGUCGUGGUAUCGGCUCUGGCAAGGGCAAGACUUGCGGCCGCGGUCACAAGGGUCAAAAGGCCCGCAGUGGUCGAUCGGGUCCUGCUCUUGGUUUUGAAGGUGGUCAAACUCCCAUCUACCAACGAGUGCCGAAACGUGGGUUCAACAACAAGUGGGCCACCCCCAUGGAGACUCUGAACGUGGACCGUUUGCAACUGUUCAUUGAUAUGGGCCGCGUCGACGCGACCCAAACGAUCACGAUGAAGACGUUGGUCGACUGUGGACUGCUUACCACUUCCCGUGUGAAGCACGGGGUGAAGCUGCUGGCCAAGGGCAAGUCUGCGUUGACGUCACCCGUCACGAUCGAGGUGUCGCAGGCGUCCCAAGGCGCGAUUGAAGCCGUGGAGAAGGCGGGCGGCUCGAUCAAGUCAGUGUACUACAACCGAUUGGGUCUGCGCGCUCUCCUCAAGCCGCACAAGUUUGAAGGCAAGCCGAUGCCGCAACUCGCCCGCCCUCCGCCCAAGAAGUUGGGAUAUUACACGGACUUUGAAAAGCGAGGGUAUCUCUCGGCGGAAAUCCAAACCCAGGAAGCGCUCAAGAAGAUUCAAUCCGCUUCUGCUUAAAUACAACGUGCAGAAUGAACCUGUCCAUGCAUUUUCGUACUCGUCGGCC